AUGACCCUGGGCCCUCAAUGCUGGCGCUGCCGCAAGAAGCGCCUCCGAUGCGACUCCUCCGUCCCCGCCUGCCGAAAAUGCAUCAUCGCACGCGCAGAAUGCCCAGGCUACGGCGACAAGCGACCUAUCGCCUUCCGAGACCCGCUCGUCCUGACGCAAAAGGGCGUCGUCAUCCGGGUCCGGGAUCGGGAGCCGGACGCGGACCACCAACACCGCGACAGUGACAGUGACCGUAGCCGCGGAAAGACACGGAGCAGCAGCAGCGCCAGCCCACCGGCGUCGGUCCUUGGCAUCGUAUGCCGAUCACCAAGAACCGCCGGAUCCGUGAUAGAGUUGAGGAUAGCGGCUGAUGCCAUGGAGUAUUCCUCACUCGCCUCCUACCUCCGCAACACAUACAUCUCUAUCGCAGCCCUCCACAGACACAUCAGCGGGCAGUCUUCGUCGUCAUCAUCAUCCAGUGUCCUAUCCAAACUAUCAAACGAUAACAAGACCCUCGCUACUUCCACAUCCCGUCCUUCCAUCAGACAACAUGCAUCAAUACGUGGCGACACAUCCGAACUAUCCAGGCUCAUGGCAGCAGGCGACUUCGAAAGCGUCCACUUUGCAUCCCAAGCCGCCGCCCUACAAGCCUUGGGCCAAGAACUCUGCGCAUAUCACCAACCUCGCGGGAACGGCUCAACAAACACCGCCGAAGAUCCGGGACCCAGUAUCCUCCUCGGCAUCAUGGUGAUGCUCACAUCUCAGAUCCAAUUCUCCGCCUACGCCCCCUGGCAAUCCCACAUCGCCGGCGCAUGGAGCAUAAUCCUCACCCACGGCCCCUUCGCCGCCGUCGCGAAAUCAGACCCAGAACUCUGCCGCCUCCUCCAGCAGUUCGCAAUCUUUGACAUAUUCGGUACAUCCACCCACGGUGCCAUCAACAACAACAUCACCAGCAGCAGCAGCAGCAACUCACCACCACCAUCCGUCCAUGUCGCCGGCACAAUCCUGGCAAGGCAGGAAUCCUACGAAGCAAUCUUCCAAGAGUCUGAUACUGACGCACGUAACCCUUGGAGGCUGGUCCCCAACGACCUAGUCAGGAUUUUGAUUCGUAUCAACGGGCUGCGGGCACGGAGGGCACUGUGCCCAGAGACGGCGAAGCAUCUCCCGGAAGGUCUAUCUGCCGUGUUAGCGUACCUCGAUACCUCACCGCCCGAGAAAUGGGCAGCCGAGAUCUCAGCUACCGCGGAGGUCUCGCUGGCACCGAGCAAACUGAGCGAGGACCGGGAAACCAAAGACGCCUGGGUAGCACUGAUGACGACAUAUCACAGCGCCGCGGCCUUAUACGCCAUCAACAGCCUCGCCGGCCUCGGGACCACACCAAGAUCAAGCACCAUCUGGUCUAAAGAAGCCUCAUCGCAUCUGGCAAGAAGAGAAUCAGCAGCGUACACCACACUCGUCGCAAGUCUCCGCGUCCUCUUCACCCAAAGAACCCAGCGGCAUCCCUCACAAGCCAUCAACAACAAUACACCAUCAAAUUCCAUUGCAACUAGCGCGGGGCUGUUACACAAAUUCGUCAUCUGGCCAAUGGUCAUCGGCGGAAUCCAAUCCGCCCUCAUUUACCACGACCAAGAAACCACAGACUUCAUGUGCUCGGGGAUGCAAGCGGUCGGUCAAGAACUGGGUACGGUAAGCAUGAUAGACGGUGCUCGUCUCGUCGAGAAGCUGCAGCGGGAAACAAAGCACGGUCGCAAGUUUUCGUUAUGGGACGAGCUGUUUGAGGGGGCACCCUUGUUCUUGAUGUGA